AUGAAAUCCCAUAGCUUAUGCUUUCUUCAAAAGGGACAUAAGGCAAGAAUGUAAAACCAUUCUCUUCAAGAGGCGUCGUUGAUUUAAUACCCAGCCCCUGUUCGUAAGUAAGAACUAUUUCAGUUGAUGCCUGAGUUGUUUUUUUUUUAAUUUUUUUUUUUUUACAAUACCGGUCUUGUUGAACCUUACCAUGUUCGGAUGUGGAUCUAUCUAUGAUACAUUAAUUUAUCCUCAUAAAAUAAGUAUUAAAAAAAUACUAGUAAGAAUGUGGGGUUUAUUUCACCUAAAUUUCCAAGAUUUAAGACCACAUAUCGAUGUUUUCGAAGUUUUUGCUGCCGCAGAGAGCUAUUAUGUAAUGCUGGACUGAAAUUUCAAUCGUCGAAUCCACGCGCAGCACGACAAAAGUCACUCUAACUUUACUAAGUUUUCAAAGCAGAGAAACACUUUGCACAGCUAUUCACAGUCAAAAAAUAGGUGGAGGAGUUCGACGUAAAGAUAAAUUAUAUCUCAAGAAGUUGGUAAAUUCUAUCUUGCAUCAUAACUUCUGGGCACUGUGAAACAAAAAAGAAUCUUCUGUCCGUAAGACAAAGUAAUGACAAAGUCUAUUUACAUUCAUGCCCUGCUCCAAACCUAGUCAAUCUAUUUCCAGUUUAUCUUGGAUCAAAAAUCAAAUGCCUUGGAUAAUUUUACUAAGUUAUUUUCACUCCAUGAAAAACAUACAUAUAUGUUCAUAUGCUACCGUUUUCAAACAUGUUGCAAUGUAAAAGUAUAUAUGUAUUGUAUUGUAUUGUAACUUUGGCAGCAGUUAUUAUAUUUUCUUUUUUGAAGAUUAUCUCUUUAAUUCAUUCCGUCAACACCUCUUUCAUGGGAAAAGAAAAGGUGUAUAUUUUUCAUAUUUAUUUUUGAUUACAACGCUUUAUAUAUGUAUAUGUUUCCUUUUUUCAACAAUGCAAAAAGACCGCGAGGGAGUGCCAUUUCAAAUUUUACUCAGAGUUAUGUUAUUUGGAGCUCUCACUUCCAGGGAUUCGUAUAAUUGCUUUUUGUCGUUGGUCUUGACUCGGAUGAUGAGAUUUUAAGAUAAUCGGAGCAGCACCCAUCACUUUCUGAUUGGUUAUACUCGUGAAAAAUUAAAGUUUUAGAAUUUAAAAUGCGCAAAAGCGCAUUUUAAAUUCUAAAAACUUUAACUGAUUUUUGGCCCAAAGAUGUGAAUUGAAUAAUGGUUUUGCUACAGAAUUUAAUUCUAUUUGGGACGAUAUUCAAUGAUUUUUCUUUAGUCUUAAAAAUUAAUCUGCCUUAAGCAAACCAAUCUUUGACCAGCUGAAUGCUCUGAGAUAUAAUUGCUAUUUAAGGAAACAACAUUCUACUAAUAGCGUUAAGAACUAACUUGAAACAAUGAGCUAGUUCUCAUGAAAAAUGCAUGCAAAUGAAACCAUAUGGUUCAGAAAAAUAACUAACGCUUCAUUAAAACUCAAUAACACCUUCUUGCAGAUUUCAAAUACGUGCAAAUUGCUUGGAAGCCAGAAAAGAGGAAAUUUAGGCAAUGGAAACGUGGUUUUGGGUUCUCGCCUGCUUCCUUUCCAUCCUCACGAUGGUUGGAAAUGGAUUUGUCAUCUUCCUCGUCUGCAGAAGACGUCAGCUUCGCACCAAAACCAAUACAUUCAUCGUUUCUUUAGCAGUGGCUGAUUUUUGUGUCGGGCUGAUUGCUGUUCUUUCACCUUUUGUAUGCAACCUUGCAAAUUGCAACCCACCAAAUAUAGAAGGAUUGCUUGUGCUGUAUAUAAGAAUAUUCAUAGUCUAUGCAUCUGGAUCAAACUUGCUUAGUUUAGUUCUGGAACGCUACAUCGCCGUGGUGAAACCUUUAAAGUAUUUGACUUUUGUAACGCGCCGCAGAGUCACUCAGAUGGUUGUUAUUUCUUGGGUAAUUCCUCUCGUAGUGAUUGUCAUAGCA